AUGGCCGAUGAGUCACCUUCCCCAUUGUCCUCCUCAGGUAUCGGGAUGGGGAUGCUGCUCGUCUCGUCUCUGGUUUCCCUCUAUUAUAAUGUGAUCAUCGCCUGGACCUUCUACUACCUGGGCCAGUCCUUCCAGAACCCCCUCCCCUGGUCCUGCCAGGCCCCGCGGUACGCCCAGCUCUGCGCGAACAUGUCCGGCAACGGGUCGCAUUUCAGCGCCUCAGAAGCGUUCUGGAAUGAGAAGGUGCUGGGAAUGGUCCACAGUUCCGGCCUCAGUGAGCCGGGCCCCGUGCGCUGGGAGCUGGCCCUGUGUCUGCUCAUCGCUUGGAUCAUCAUCUUCCUCUGCAUGCUGAAGGGAAUCCGAAGUUCGGGAAAGGUUGUGUAUUUUACAGCCACGUUUCCGUAUUUGGUGCUGAUUGUGCUGAUCAUACGCGGGGCCACACUGGAGGGGUCCAUAGACGGAGUGAGGUUCUACCUGACCGCGGACUGGAGGAGACUGCAGAGUGCUCAGGUUUGGAAUGACGCCGCCUCUCAGAUCUUCUACUCUCUGGGGAUUGGCUUCGGUGGUCUCCUGUCUAUGGCUUCAUACAACAAAUUUGACAACAAUGUGAUCCGGGACACCCUGGUGAUUGCCAUUGGAAACUGCUGCACCAGCUUCUUUGCUGGAUUUGCCAUAUUCUCCAUCCUGGGUCACAUGGCCUGGAAGAAGCGAGUUCCUGUCGGGGAAGUUGCCGAUUCCGGCCCGGGCUUAGCAUUUGUCGCCUACCCAGAAGCCCUUGCUCUUCUUCCUGGCUCCAUCUUCUGGUCCAUCUUGUUUUUCCUGAUGCUCUUCACACUGGGAGUGGACACUCUGUUUGGCAAUAUGGAAGGGAUCACAACGGCUGUCUUGGAUGAGUUCCCGGUGCUUCGGGAAUGGAAGCGGAAGACUAUAUUCCUGGGGGCCCUCUGCUUCCUAUUCUACUUGCUGGGACUUCUGCUGGUCACUCAGGGCGGCAUCUACUGGUUCACCCUGAUAGACGCCUACAGCACCAGCUUCGGCCUCAUCAUCAUCACCCUCUUCAUGUGUCUGGGCAUCGCCUUCUUUUAUGGUGUGGAUCAGUUCUGUCAGGAUAUUGUGGAUAUGAUCUGCCGCUGUCCGCCUUGGUGCACCAAACUCCUCUUCUACUUCAAGGCAUGCUGGGUAUUCUGCACACCGGUGCUCUUGCUGGAAAAUGUCACCCCCCCCCCAUUGUAAUACCCUAAAGACUUUUGACACCUCUUCCCCCUCCCCCGUUCGGUCUGGGGGUGGGGGGUGGCUCUGGGCAUAUGUAUGGGCACCCUGUGCUGCAUCCAGAUCCCCAUCUGGGCCGGAGUCGCCAUCUUCCGGGAGAGCGGGACGCUGCGCGAUAGAUUCAAGAACUCUCUGCGGCCAUUAAACUCCUGGAGAUCGUCCAGCGGCCAGCGAGACCCCAGCGCCGCCAUCAUCGAUGUCCCCUACACCGUCAACCUGACCGAGCAGGACUUCAGUGACCCCGUGUGGCAGGCGGGGGGCGGCACCGAGGCCUGACCGAGCAG